AUGAAUUGCCGCUCGGAAGUUCUUGAAGUAACAGUGGAGGCGAGGCAGGUGGAAGAAGCUAUGCUGGCUUUACUGCACACCAUUUUACUGCAUCGCAGCACCGGGAAAUUUCACUACAAAAAAGAGGGCACGUACUCCAUCGGUACCGUGGGCACACUAGACAUCGACUGCGACUUCAUCGAUUUCACCUUUGUCAGGGUGUCCUCGGAGGAGCUGGACAGAGUGAUCAGGAGAGCUGUGUCUGAAUUCAAGGAUGCUUUGAGCAACUCUGGCAGCGAUGGCAUGGGGCAAAUCUCCCUGGAGUUUUACCAGAAGAAGAAGUCUCGCUGGCCUUUUUCUGACGAGUGUAUUCCCUGGGAAGUCUGGAGCAUCAAGGUCAACGUUGUGAACCUGGCCAAUGAGCAGGAGAGACAGAUCUGCAGGGAGAAAGUGGGCGAGAAGCUGGGCGAGAAGGUGAUCAACGUUGUUGAGGUCAUAAACCGCCAUGAAUACCUGCCAAAGAUGCCCACCCAGUCUGAAGUGGACAAUGUUUUUGACACCAGUCUCAAAGAUGUCCAGCCCUACCUUUACAAAAUCACAUACCAGAUCACCGACUCUCUCGGCACCUCUGUAAGCACAACAAUGAGAAGGCUGAUUAAAGACACCUUGGCACUGUGAGGAUGCUCCAAGACAGAAAGAUAGAUAGCUAUGGAUGAUUUUAUCCAUACCUGUAUCUAUAAUCAUGCCUGGCACCUCUUUCUAUGCUCAAAAACAGGAUUUGUCAGCUCUAUUCCUGCUACAAUGAAGCAGUGUCAGUGUAAUCAGUCACUGUUUUGAUGUGUCUGCUGUGGUUCCAGUAUUGCUUGUACCUUAAGAUUCUUAAUUAUGUAAUGUCUCUUUUAAAGAUAUUUUGUUUUUGCAAGCUUUUUCUCUCCCAAUUGUCUUUACCUUCCACCAUUUAGAAAUGGAAUAUUGUAUGUCACAUCUGUAAAUUAUUGUAAAUCUUUGACAAUAAAUGUUGUUCAUUGUAA